AAAUGUUCUCCAACCCCUAACCCUCUCUCUUUUCUUGCUGUCGUCCCUUGACAGCUCUCUUUUUUUUUUUUUUAAUGAAGGUGAGAAAAAGGUUAGUAGAAAUGAAUUUGAUUCACGUUAUAUAUUAUUCAUACUAAAAAAAAAUGUGUCGCAUUUUUGUAUUAUAUUUUAUGUAAAAAUUGCUGAUCCUCUUUUAUUUUUGUUAGUUUGCAGAAAGUGUUUCCUUUAAGUGUUCGUUUAUAUUACGUGAUCAGUCUUUCUAUAGUCUUUCUCGAGUUCUAAGCUAUAUUACAAAAUUUUGUUUCAUUUGUUAUUUGUUUGAAGUUUCUUUGUGCAAUUUUUUUAACAACUUAUGUCUUCCCAAUCUCUUUCUUUCGACUCUUAUAUGAUGGCCCUUGAAUUGGCUAGGAGUGGCGUGGUGGAUGUGGCGGGUUUUUUAGUUUGGAAGAGGUUCGAGCUGGAGAAAUUGCAGUCAGAUAAAGUGUUGAGUGGCUGACGUGGGUAUGUAUUUUGUUUAAUUACUUCCUUUCCUUUUUUUUUUUAUAUAAAAUGUUUUACGUUUAUUUAAUUGUGAUUUUACUUAAAACAAGAAAAAUUUGUUUUAGGGUUCAAAUUUUUAUACCUGAGUGGGUAGAUGCUCCAGUUAGAAACCCUUCUUUCUCUAAAUGGCCCUUGGAUUCGGUGGGUAUGCGGAAAGCAGUUAAAAGCGAUGUGGGGGAGGUUAUUUGGCACCAGGAGUACCGUUGGAGUUGGGAUGCAAAAAAAAUAUCAAUACCGUGGUUACUGGGCGCCAGCAUCCUUUCAACACCCCACCUUGUGCACAGUUCCUGAUACCUUGGAAAUUGAGGAGAUUCAGGGCUGUUUGGGUGUUAAUAUCUCCAAUUAGUGAGUAUUCUGAAUUUAUACAUUUGUAAUUUUGCGUGAGUUAAUAUACAUAAAAAAAUAAAAUUUUAAUUCUUAACGUAAAUGUCUUCCCCUUUUUUUUGUAGUCCUUAUUCUCAUUUACCCGCUUUUCCGAGGACUUAUGGGCCACGUCCUACUGAUCCGGCAUUAGAAUUAAUCUUUUGUCAAAGAUACCGAGAAAAGUGGGAAGAUUUUGUUUUAGUGGGCAGUAGGUGGGAGACGGUAAGUUCCCCCACUUUUUUUUUUGCUUUACAAAAUUUUGUUAAAAUAAAAAAAAAUAAAAUGUUUUUCUCUUUUGUUUUGUUUUUUUCAGAGAUGGGCUUUACGCAUGCCGGUCAUCUGGCAUGAGUGCUAAUUUUAGUUAUUUAUUUAUUAUUAUUAUUAUGUAUUGUAUUUUAAAAAGAAAUUCCGCUUUUCCUUAAUAAUAAAAAAAAUCUUUCACGUUUUUAGAAUUAAAUAUAACAUUAAUUAAUAAACAAUAUUGAGUUUUUAUUGUUGAUUUUAAUAAAAAUUAAUAAUUGCACUGUUCGUCUCUUUUUUUUUGUUCUAUACCCCCUUUUUUUUUUUUUUUUUUUUUAAAUUAAACAACAAAAAAAAAUUUUUUAAAUAAAUAAAAGAACGAAAGUUCGUUUGUUUUCAUGGUUAGUGUGCUGUUAAAGGUUGUGGUUAUUUUUACUAUAUAUCUUUUCUUUUAGUAAAAUUUAUUAAUAUAUAUUAAAAAAAAAAACGAUAGGUUUUUCAAUAAUUUUUUUUUGAAUAAUAUCCUUAUAAAUAAAUAAAUAAAAAAAAAUACGCAAAAAAAACUUGUUGUCUGAUAAUUGAAAUAUCUUUGCCGCUCUCUUUUAUUUUCUGUGCUACCUAUAGUACUUGCGUACUUAUGGUAAGCCAUUAGGCUUUACAUUGUUCAGCAAUUAAUCCUCGCGGUGGCAGCAUCUUGCAGCCCGUCGCGGUUUCCUUCCCCCUUCGUUUCUACCUCCUUCUAAUCCCUGUUUCUUUUUCCAUUGUUUCGUUUCCGCGCGGUCCUAGCGGCACGCAAUAAUUAUAUCGCGUUUCAUUUUUUUCUUUUCGUUUUUUUUUUAUUUUAGUGAUUUGUGUGAUUUUUUUGGUGUUUGUUCUCUCCCUUUUUUGACAGUGUAAAGUGGUUAAAACAAAGUGUAUGUGUAGUGUAUUUACUCUAGGUCCGCCCUUCCCCCCUUUUUACUCUGUUUUCUUUUCUGUGUUCGAUUCGAAGUGUUUACUGCAAAAAAAAAAUUUUUUUUUUUUGGAUUACGUUGGAUUAUUUGUUUAACUUGUGUUUCAUGGAUUAGUUCCAGAAUUACAACAUCGUAUUAUGAGUUCCCCUGCCUCCGGCUCCAGUGAUUUGGAGUUUGUUUCCCUUACUCGCCGUGAGGUCAUUGUUUGGCCCGAGGUAGAGAUUGAUUCCACUUGUAGUGCAAUCAGUGACGCCUCUACUCUACCCUUACUCACUAGUACCCAAUCAGUGACGCCUCUACUCUACCCUUACUCACUAGUACCCCCGUCCAAAGUGAAAUACCGGACACUCCUGCUUCCCCUGAUCCUGUAUUUGAGGCGUAUUUUGACGCCCAUGCACGACCUUAUAGCCCAGCCCCCCUUUCUACUGGUGUUGAAUCCGUUGGAUCUCGCUUGACACGAGCCAGCUCCACCCAGACCAACCCCUAUUUUCCGGAGGGUUUACCUUUGGAAGAACCCCCUGCGGCUGACGAGCAAGUGGUCCUGCAGCUGAUCGCUCAGCGUAGAGUCUUAGCUGAUGGUACCAUCCGAACGGAAUAUCGGUGGGCUGGUCCUAAUUUUUAUUAAGAAGGACACGUUUGAUAAAGAGGACCAUUCUGCAGAAAUCUACACCAUCAAAGACAAUAUUGUCUUCGGCAACGAAGCGUCAGAAAUGGCCCCGAGGUUGCCGAGACCACUCCCUAAUGACGUUGUUUCAGAAAAAAGGUCCUUCCGGACCUUGGCCAGGAAAUUAGAAGUCGCCGGAAAGCAGCGUUACAAAACUUGGAAGGGGAAAGCCGCCUCCAAAAAGUUCUGCUCACCUUCUUCGGCACCUAAAAAAACUCUAAAAAAAAGCAAGUUCGCCUUCUCCGACUUCUUCUUCUACACCUUCCGCUGCACCAUCGUCGUCGCCUACACCUUCUUCGGUACCUAAAAAAACUCUAAAAAAAAAGCCAGUUCGCCUUCUCCGACUUCUUCUUCUUCUACACCUUCCGCUGCACCAUCGUUGUCGCAUCUCUCAAUGGAACCGAGAGCCCGUCCGUCUUCGGUUGAAAAAAGAAAACGUUCUCUUUCACCGCCAGGAGCACCUAAGAAAUCGAUGAAAAAAAAGCCAAUUCGCCUUCUCCGACUUCUCCUUCUUCUACACCUUCCGCUGGAUCAUCGUCAACGCCUGCCCCAAAGGAACCGACGGCCGGUUCGCCUUCUCCGAUUCCCGCUGCAGCAACACCUGGAAGACCCUUAUUCGUUCCAAAUGAACGAUUACAGAACGGUGUAGGUAAAAACAUGUACGUGUCUAUUAAGAUAAAUGACCUUGUGUGGGGCCAGUAUGGAUCUAAGGACAAGAAUGAUUCUCCGGUCCCCAUGGAAGUAGCAGAGAGCAUUCCGUCAGGAAGUUCCACCACCGUCGAAAUCAUAUCCAUUUCUGAUGACCAAGACGAGGAGGAAGUUGACGAACCAUCAGUGGAAUCCGGUCCCGAGGGCGUCCAAGAAAUAAUUGGAAUGGCCAUAGUGGAGGCAGCAGCAGCAGAAGCAGGUAGAGCUGCUGGCACUACAGCAGGAGCAGCUGCUGUUAUAACAUCAGUCGCCGAUGACGAUAUCUCCAUUCGUGAUCGGGCGACAAAUGCGGCAGCUGGAGCUGCUGCAGGAUUCGUUGCCGGUGAAAAUGCCGGCAUUGCUGCCGGAGCGGAGGCCCGUACUGUGGCUGCAAUUCAGACCGCAGUUAAAUCUAAUGAAACGGAUUUGAUAGCUACAGCUGCAGCCAUAGGUGCCGGCGUCGGUGCAGAGACGGGUGCUGCAGCUGGUGCUUCUGCCGGUGCUGCUGCUGGUGCUGCUGCUGCGACAGUCAUCGUGAACAUUGAUGACAUAUUAUCACUACCCGGUCCAUCUGGAAUUGGAAGAACUGGUGGUUUUUCCAUCACUUCCGCAACUACGAUGCCGGUCGCCGCUUUCGUCCCUGCGGAGAAGAGAAAGCGGGAAGAAGAUUCCGACUCUUCAUCGAUUGAUGGCAGCGAGUCAACCAUCCCCGUCUGCCCGGGAAAAAGGAUGAUGUCGAAAUCUUCUUCACAACCCGUUUCUCUUCCGCAGUUUGGCGAAGCGUCGACAUCACGUAGUUGCUCUCAACCCUUAACAAAGAAGGUAAAACCACUACCAAAAUUUGGACGCCUUGAAGAAGGAAAACUUGCGUGGUGCCAGUACGGCAAGAGACUGGUGAAACAGCCAGUAUUAAUAAUAAAAAAACCGCGUAGCGCAUCGGGCAAUUUUGCAGUACAAUUUUUCGAUGUUUAUCCCUGCAUAAAAAAUGUCAAGUUAUAUCAAACUUCGGUAAAAAAUUUGUUCGUAUGGUCGGAUUUUAAUGUGUUGACGCUGAUAACCCAGCACCGUCAACACAAUAAUGAAGAAGCAUACAAAGAAUAUAUAACAUCUUUGAAAAAUACCAAAUUAUAUUUGAAAGAAAAACGUAUACGCAAUGUAGAGGUCAAUGACCUCACUUUGUUAAAUUUUGCGCCAUUUAAAAAUAUAUAAAAU